CAGUAAAGCAAACCACUCGAGCGCGAAUCGAAAACCCUAAGAAUCUGCUCCCUUCCGCUUCGAUUCGAGCGCCGGGGAAUCGCUAGGAUGCUGCGAAUCCGCGAUUCCGAUCCGACGGAACCGCCGCCGGGAAGAGCCUCUCGCCGGCCGGAUCGCCGCCGGAGGUAAGCUUCCCGAUCCGGUGGGGUAAGGGGGAGGGGGGGGACAAAUGUCGCUCUCCGCCGCGUUCGGCGAGCGGCUGGAGCAGCUGGACCGGACCAGGAACCAGCGCCUCGCGCUCCUCCAGGCGGAGAGAGAGCUGCAAGCCGCCAGAUCGCAGGUCCUGGAGUCGAAGCGCGCGGGGAUGAGGUCGAGGGAGGAGAGGUGCUUGAGGCUGGAGCGGAGCCUGGCCUCGCAGAGCUUGAGGAUCUCGGCUCUCGAAUCCGAGAUCGCCGCUCUCGAUGCCGAGUAUAACGACAACGUGCAGCGAUUGAGGGCGUUGAGGUGCGAGGUGGAGGAGCUCGAGGAGGCGGAGAAGGAGAAGGAGGGAUUCUACCGAGCUCGGACCGGCGAAAUGAAGGAUUUCAAAGAAGCAACGAACAGGUUCGUCGUGGAUUGCCAGAUUCGCAUAGAGGAAUUACGAGACGAACUGAACGAGGUAAAAGAGAAGCUCUCCAUUUUCGGAUCUGCAAACUGACCUGAUGUUAUGCGAUUCCUCGAACAUGAACCGGAUUGUGCUAUUCGAUGGAUCAUUCUGUUAGCUGGAUUGAAAGCUGUACGAUGAUAGCAAUAGCAAUGAACUCAGUAUCGCCUGUUCAGCUACUAUACCAGAGAGUGAAGAAAGAUUAUU